CAGCUCACACAGGUGUGUCUCUCGGUCCGUUGCUGUUCAAGACUCAACAACACACCUGGAUUCGUCAUGUGGUCCACUGGGCGUGGAGAAAGUCCUUGUUAUUUACCGAUGCCUUUUGUUAGGUAGCUUUCUCAGCGAGUCGGCUUUCACAGCGGAUUGUCAUUCGGUCCUCCGCGCUUCAACAUAAUGGUGCUGUUCUGUUAACAUCCAGAGCUGUAGGAAGAGUAAGAUGUGAACUUUUCAUGCAUCCUUCAGUGGGAUCUAUUUUUUGUUUUAAGGGGAGGAAUCCAGUUUCCGACUGAGUGCGUUUGUGCAACUACUGUUCAACCAAGACAUGGCGAGCGUGGCGCAGGCAUCACUGCUACUGCUGUGGCUCUCCUCCGCCUGCUGCCAAGAAGCAGAGUACGCAGAGUUCGCCUCCGAGACCCCCAUCAACAACGUGGUGCAGGAUCCUCGCACGGGUCGCGUGUACCUGGGAGCCGUCAAUGCCAUCUACCAGCUGGACGGCGCGUUGACCAAAGAGCAGACACAGGGCACGGGGCCCAAGAAGGACCGGCACGGAUGCACGCCGCCCAUCCACGCCAGUAUGUGCCCCAAUGCUAUAGACACCAACAACACAAACAAACUGCUGCUGGUCAACCCCUCCAACAACACGCUCAUCGUCUGCGGCAGCGUCUACAGGGGCAUCUGCUCCCUGGUCAACCUGAGCAAUAUUAACCAGCAGAUCUACUACAGCGACAGCAAGGGAGAGAGGACCUAUGUGGCUAGCAUCGAGGACAGCGUGUCGGUGGUGGGCGUAAUGUCUCACCUUUCCACUGUAGGGAAAAACUUCACCGUGUUUCUGGUGGGCAAAGGCUAUGGCAACACAGUGGACAGUGCUAAGCUCAUCAGCACGCGGAUACUGCAGAAUUACGACGAGUGGGUGACUUUCGAGAACAUAGUGGAGGCCUCAGGUGUGCAAACCAUCCCGUUCUCGGCCAAGUACAUGCACGACUUUCGCUACACCUUCAAGGACCAAGGCUUCGUCUACUUCCUUUUCUCAAGGACAAUGGGUGGCAGUGACAAUAAGAACUACACUUUUAUUUCACGCCUUUGUGAGGAGGAUCCCUUCUACUUCUCGUAUACGGAGUUGCAGCUCAACUGUGGCCCUAAGAACCGCUUCAACAAGGUGAAGGCAGCCUACGUGGCAAGCCCUGGGAAAGAGCUCGCCCGCAGUCUGUCCGAGUCAGGCUUGUAUGGCGACGUUCUCUCCUGGGACAAGGUGUUGUUUGUGGCCAGCUCUGACGAGGAUGAGACCGAAUCAGCCUUGUGCUUGUACCCCGUGAACAAUAUCAACAAGAGGAUAGUGGAGAUCAUCAGUGCCUGCUACAGUGACUCAGGGAAGAUUGGUGGGAGGCCCGCUGUGGAUGUUCCCUACUCAACCAGCACAACUGAAUUUUGUGCUAAGCGGGACAAGGAUAUUGUGACACAUUAUACGUGUGGUGCAGACUUCCUGCCCUCUCCUUUGGCCAGCAAGCAAGAAUUUGCCUUGAAGUCUGAAGCGAUCUACACAAAGAGAGGACGGUUGACUGCUGUGGCCAUUGCUGUGGAGCAUGACCACACCAUAGCCUUCUUGGGCACCUCUGCUGGAGAGGUGUACAAGCUACAUCUAUCAGGCAGCCCAGAGGUGUACAGCAAGGUUCCUGGCGACACAACUGGUGAUGCUGUUAAUAAGAACCUCUUUUUUGACACAAGUGUGUCCCACCUGUACAUCACAACCAAGAAAAAGAUCACCAAAGUUCCUGUGCAAGCCUGUGAGCAAAAGAAAGACUGCCAGUCGUGUGUGGGGCUUAAGGACCCAUACUGUGGUUGGUGCGUCUUGGAGGGCAGGUGCACCAGGAGGUCAGGCUGCCAUCGUGCUGAGGAGAAAAAUGGCUGGCUGUGGAGUCCCAAGCAGCAGUGUGUCAAGAUUGUCUCCUUCCAUCCCCCGAACCUUAGCUGCACAAAGACUCAGCAGGUGGACAUCAACAUCCCCUCGCUGCCCAGCAUUGGCAGUGCUGACACCCUGCAAUGCUCCUUUGGAUCUUUCUUCACCAGCAUCGCAGCCAUGGGCAGCAACUCAAUGGUGACCUGCAGCCUGCCCGAGCCAAACGCCAUCCCACCCACACCAGAGCAGCAAGAUUUCGUGGCCGUGCCUGUAAAGGUCUUUGUGAACUCCGCGGUGGAGGUGGCUUCCAGCGAGUACAAAUUCUACAACUGCGCUGCAGCCAUUCACAAGGCAGAGAACACCCCGUGCCAGUCCUGUGUCAGCAGCAGCUGGGGCUGUCAGUGGAACACCCGAGACCACACAUGCAGCGACAUGAACGAUCAGGACACCGACCCACACAUCAUCCGACACAAACAAGGAGCAAACUGUCCGAGAUUUGAGAACCCCGACCCAAUCCUCAUUCCUGUUGGCUACAAAACCCAGAUCAGCUUUGAGGGAAUCAAGCUUGACCUAUACCAGGAUCACGAGUUCACCAUUGGCACAGAACUGAUGGAGCACACCGAGGAGGAAGUCAAGAGGGAAGGCGGACCCUUCUACAGUUUCGCCGGAUAUGAGUUUUCUUACGACAAAGCACAUGAAACCAGCGUUCUCUUUCAUGUGAAAGAUAAACACUCAGGGAAGAAGAUCGACAGCUUGCUCAACGUCACCUUAUAUAACUGCUCCACGGGCCGCGAGGACUGCAGUCUGUGCCGGAACGCCGACCAAAGCAAGUACCACUGCGUGUGGUGCGCCGCCAAGCGGACCUGCAUCUACAAGGAGCUGUGCUCGACGGACGAGUCCCUGCCGUGUCCAAACCCCAAAAUCACCGAAAUUAUCCCUCAGUACGGGCCUCUCGAAGGAGGUAUCGCCGUCACCAUCAAAGGCUCCAACCUGGGCAUCCACAAAGAGGACAUCAAGAACAUCACGGUGGCCGGAGUGCCGUGCGUGCACCUGGACCAACAAUACUCCGUCUCCACCAGCGUGGUGUGUGAGAUCGGCCCGGUGGGUCCGGGCAGCUCGUUCUCUGGUGAGGUGGAGGUCCUGGUGGACGGGGGGAAAAGAGGGACCUCAUCCGUCACUUUCACUUACCGGGACCCCGAACCCACCCAAGUGCUCCCACAGCGGGGCCCCAAGGCUGGAGGAACGGUGAUCACCAUCAUGGGAAGGUACCUGUACACCGCCUCCAAGGAGGACCUCCAGAUCAGCGUUGGAGGGGUGCCGUGUGAAGUGGAGACUUUCGGCGUCGACAUCACCUGUAAGACGGGCGCGUACCCAGAGAAGGUGCCCUCCGCAUCACUCCCUGUCAUGGUGAAGUAUGGGAAGCUCACCACCAAACAGGUGUCCAAUGCCUUUCAAUUCAUGGAAGAUCCCGUCGUGAGUGAUCAUCAGCCAAGAAAGAGCUUUGUCAGUGGCGGCAGGAGGAUCGUGGUGACGGGCAACGGCUUCAGUCUGAUCCAGAAAGCCUUCAUAAGGGUCAACGCCUCUCGAGAGUUCUCCCAGGUCUCCUCGCCUAUGGAGUUUCAGCAGCCAGCGGUGAGUAAGAACGACAGCACCCUUGUCUUCCUCUCACCGCAAGUGAAUAAGAGCGACGAGACCCAGUCCUUCUCCACCUUCCUCCACCUCGACAACAUGGUGGUGAAGCUGCAGCCCUUCGACUACGUGCCAGAUCCCACCUUUGACAGUUUCCCAAACAAACAGAUCAAUGCAAACAGCACCAUCAAAGUCACCGGGCGAGGAUUUUCCAAGGCCAUGACGGCGGACGAAGCCAAGGCGUUUGUGGGUGACGUGUCAUACUCGGUCAACACCCUGGAGGACGACAAGCUCUACCUGGAGCCCCCGUCCCACCACAACCUCCGCAGAUCCAGCGGCUCCACCUCUGAGCCUCUGCCGCUGAAGAUCAAGUUUGGAAACAGGGAGUGGGUGGUUGGCAAUGUCGUCUAUGAGAGUAAAUAUGAAGUCCCACUAGCCGCCAUCAUCCCCGCUGUGAUCAUCCCCAUGCUGCUGAUUAUUGCCACGUCAGCCUACUGCUACCGGAGGAAGAGUCAGCAAGCUGAGCGGGAGUACGAGAAGGUCAAACACCAGCUGGAGAAUCUCGAGGAGAGUGUGCGAGACCGCUGCAAGAAGGAAUUCACAGAUCUGAUGAUUGAAAUGGAGGACCACACCAAUGAGAUCGGCGAGGGCCGCAUACCCUUCCUGGACUACAAGACGUACACGGACCGGGUCUUCUUCCUGCCCUCCAAGGAUGGAGCCAAUGACGUCAUGAUCACGGGCAAGCUGGACAUCCCAGAGGCCCGCAAGGCAGUCGUGGCCCAGGCCUUGAACCAGUUCUCCAACCUGCUCAACAGCAAGACCUUCCUCAUUAAUUUCAUCCGCACCCUUGAGUCACGGCCGGACUUCAACGCCCGGGCCAAGGUGUACUUCGCCUCUCUGCUGACGGUGGCCCUGCACGGCAAGCUGGAGUACUACACGGACAUCAUGCGCACGCUGCUGCUCGGCCUCAUGGAGAGCUACGUGGACAGCAAGAACCCCAAACUCAUGCUGCGCAGGUCGGAGACGGUGGUGGAGCGGAUGCUGUGCAACUGGAUGUCCAUCUGUCUUUACCAGUUCCUCAAGGACACUGCAGGCGAACCCCUGUACAAGCUGUUCAGAGGCUUAAAGCAUCAGAUCGAGAAGGGCCCAGUGGACGCCAUGGUCAAGAAGGCCAAGUACACGCUGAACGACACCGGCCUCCUGGGAGACGAUGUGGAGUACUCCGUCCUGACUCUGCAAGUGUUGGUCCACGGUGAGGGCCCAGACAUCACCCCAGUGAAGGUGCUCAACUGUGACACCAUCUCCCAGGUGAAGGAGAAGGUCAUCGAGCAGGUCUACAGGAACAUGCCCUACUCGCAGAGGCCCAAGGUGGACAGCGUCACUCUAGAGUGGCGCCCUGGCUCGACGGGACAGAUUCUCUCUGACCUGGACGUGACCUCGGUGAAAGAAGGCAGAUGGAGACGAAUGAACACUCUGGCCCACUACAACGUCCGAGACAAUGCAACGCUGGUGUUGUCCAGAGUUCUGCACACUCAGCAGUCGUUUGACCAGAAUCAGGACAACCAUGAGGAGAGAAAUGCUCUGCUGGACGACGACAAAGUGUUCCAUCUUUUCCGUCCCAUGGACGAGCUGGACGAGAUCAAGUCCAAGAGGGGCAGCAUCAAGGACAAAUCCAUGACUAAAGCCAUUACAGAGAUCUAUCUGACCCGUCUACUCUCAGUCAAGGGCACGCUGCAGCAGUUUGUUGACAACUUCUUCCGGAGCGUUCUCUGCUCGGGGGCCGUGGUCCCACCUGCGGUCAAGUACUUCUUUGACUUCCUGGACGAGCAGGCCCUGAAGCAUGACAACGUGGACGAAGAAACUAUUCACAUCUGGAAAACCAAUAGCCUGCCCUUGAGGUUCUGGGUGAACAUCCUGAAGAACCCGCACUUCAUCUUCGACGUCCACACGACCGAGGUGAUGGACGCUUCGCUCUCGGUCAUCGCCCAGACCUUCAUGGACGCGUGCACCAAAACUGAGCACAAACUCAGCAGGGACUCUCCCAGCAACAAGUUACUCUAUGCAAAGGAAAUCUCUACCUAUAAGAAGAUGGUGGACGACUACUACAAAGGCAUCCGGCAGAUGGUCUCAGUCAGUGAUCAGGACAUGAACACUCAUUUGGCUGAAAUAUCGAGGUCCCACACCGAGAAACUGAACACCCAGGUGGCCCUGCACCAGCUGUACCAGUAUGCGAGCAAGUACUACGACGGGAUCAUCAUGUCCUUAGACGAGGACCCAGCCGCGCAGAGUAAACAGCUCACCCUGCGGCUGCAGCAGAUAGCCGCUGCGCUGGAGAACAAAGUGACUGAUCUCUGACUGCUGGGAGGGAAGACCGUGUGACAGAGAGGGA